ACACAAAAAAAACCCACAACAUCCUGGAACCCACAAAACCCCCCAACUACUCAGACCAGUUCAGGUUAAUUUAAAAUUAUUAUAAUAAAAGCUUAGAAUAAAAAUAAUUAUAAUAGAAAGAACUAAUAAAAUAAACUAGUUGGCUUAUUUUAACACUCCCUGCCACAGCUGUGGGCUCUGGCAGCACGUCCACCUCCGAGCUCCUGCGAGCCUCAGGCGUGGGCCGAGAGGGCUCCAGGGCUAUUAAACUGUUUAGGAUCAGUCUGAGCUCAAGCCCAGCACUAUUAUAAACACAGAUGUUUUUAUAACCCCGCUGAAAAGUUUAAUCAUCUCAUUAAUGCCUAUUUCUGGGCAUGCUGCAAGUGCAGAGAUCCCAGUCCCUGCGCGGCGGCUGCAGCCGCUCGGGCAGCGCCCGCCGGGCCGGGCGUGGGAAUCCGAAGCAGCCCGGGUGUGACGGGGCCGAAAGCUGAGCUGUGCCUGGGGAGCUCCUGACACAGCCCAGCAGCUGCCCCCGGCCCCGGCGCUGACAUUUGCAGGGCUCAGAUGCGCCAGGACCGCGGGAGCCCCGGCGAAUCGCCCGGCCCGCCGCGACAUGGACGAGAGCAAACCCCUGAAGGUGCGGCUGACGUUCUCCGUGAUCCUGGUGGGCAUCUCGCUGCUCUUCGCCGCCGUGGUGACUGACCACUGGGCCGUGCUCAGCCCCAGCCUGGAGGAGAACACCACCACCUGCGAGGCGGCCCAUUUCGGGCUCUGGAGACUCUGCACCAAGAGGAUUUUCAUGCAGGAGCAAGGCCCCAAAGAGAGGAGCUGUGGGCCCAUCAGCCUGCCAGGAGACCACAACUGCUCCUACUUCAAGCAUUUCACUCCAGGAGAGACCUCGGAGAUAUUUGAAGUGACCACCCAGAAAGAAUACAGCAUUUCAGCUGCAGCCAUUGCCAUCUUCAGCGUUGGCUUUUCGAUCAUCGGGACGAUCUGCGUGCUCCUGUCCUUCAGGAGGAAGAGGGAUUAUCUGCUGAAGCCAGCAUCCAUGUUCUACACCUUCGCAGGUCUCUGCAUCAUCAUCUCCGUUGAAGUGAUGAGACAAUCCGUGAAGAGGAUGAUUGACAGCAAGGAGACAGCCUGGAUCAAGUACAGCUACUCGUGGUCCUUCGCCUGUGCCUGCGCCUCCUUCGUGCUGCUCUUCGUCUGUGGCAUCGCCCUCCUCCUCAUCGCCCUGCCCCGCUUCCCCCAGAACCCCUGGGAGACCUGCAUGGAUGCAGAGCCCGAGCACUGAUGUUCCCUGCACCCAGGAAAAAUAGCCAGAAAAGAUCUGUGUUUUUUAAAAUGCCUGGGUCUCUCUACACAAUGUGCUCUCCAUCACAUGAGUCAUUACUGAACCAAGGCAUGUUCGAUUGCAAUCGUUGCUUUCUCUUUUCCUCACUUUUUUUCAUUUCUUUUUUCUCUCCUUUUUGAUCCUUUUCUUCUUCUUUUUUUAAAAAAGCAGAAAGAGCACUCAACACCACGAUGGGUGUGUGUGAAUGGCACUGCUCUGUGCCAAUUUGGGGCUGCCCUGUGCUGAUGCAGUUGAGGGGAAAUCUGUGUCUGAGGCAGCUCGGGCCACAGAGGAGGCAGCUUUGCUAUGGAGAAGAUGUUUGGUGCAGUUGGGCAUAGAUCCAUGAGGAAUAUCAGGCUUUUCUACUUUACUUGGUCACAGAGACACUCUGUGGGGACUCAGUGUCCCCAUUUAUGUCACACUCCUUCCCUCAGAAGGGUUAUCUUGUUUCCCCAGGGUAAGCUGGAGAUCCUCAUGCUCUUCUAUUAAAAUGUUAACAUUUGAUAAAAAACAAAACAGAACUUUGCGUAGCAUUGGUGUAAAAAUCCCCCCUCCAAAUUUACACCCUGCAGUUCCAUUCUUUUAAAUCAAGUGUAAAACCCCACAAAACAGAGUGUUGUGUUUUGCUUAAACUUCAGCGGCGAAGCCAAGAAGUACUGAACAUGAAGAGUGAUAUUUUCCUUUAAUAAAAAGCAUAAUCUUCUGGUAGCAUGAUCUCCU